CGCCUGCGCAGUACGAAUGAGACGUAAAAUUGACCUAUUUAUGAAAAUCUGAAUAAGCAUCAGCAUCAGCGACCUGUUGACAGAAAACAAGCCUUUAGCUGUUAAAGGGGGAUAUGAGGGCUGUCCUCGCGUGGAAAGAAACGAUUCGGGAACAGUGUGUUUAUGACAUCGCCUUUAAGCCAGAUGGCAGCCAGCUCAUUAUUGCUGCAGGGCUCCGUGUCCUGGUGUAUGAUGCAACAGAUGGAGCCAUUAUCCAGCCUUUAAAAGGACACAAGGAUGUCGUUUACUGUGUGGCCUAUGCUAAAGAUGGUAAAAGAUUUGCCUCAGGUUCAGCAGACAAAAGCAUCAUUAUCUGGACGUCUAAACUAGAAGGCAUUUUAAAAUAUACUCACAAUGACUCUAUCCAGUGUAUUGCCUACAACCCUGUCACUCACCAACUUGCUUCCUGCUCUUCUGGUGACUUUGGUCUGUGGUUACCAGAGCAAAAAUCUGUGAACAAACAUAAAGUGAGCAGCAAAAUAACAUGCUGUGGGUGGACCAACGAUGGCCAGUACCUUGCCCUUGGCAUGAUGAACGGAGUAGUGAGCAUACGGAAUAAGAACGGAGAGGAAAAAGUCAAGAUCGAGCGUCCAGGAGGCUCCUCCUCUCCUGUGUGGUCCAUAGCCUGGAACCCCUCCAAGGAUGAGCACAAUGACAUUCUGGCUGUGGCAGACUGGGGCCAGAAGCUCUCCUUCUACCAGCUCAGUGGAAAGCAGAUUGGAAAAGACAGGACUCUCACCUAUGACCCUUGUUGCGUCAGCUACUUCUCCAAGGGCGAGUAUAUAGUGAUGGGUGGCUCUGAUAAACAGGCCUCCCUCUACACCAAAGAUGGCGUCCGGCUCGGCACCAUAGGAGAGCAGACUGCCUGGGUGUGGACGUGCCGGGUCAAGCCUGACUCCAACUUUGUGGUGUUGGGCUGCCAAGAUGGGACGAUCACUUGCUACCAACUUAUCUUCAGCACAGUUCACAGCCUCUACAAGGAUCGCUAUGCUUAUAGAGACAGCAUGACUGACGUCAUAGUGCAGCACCUCAUCACUGAACAGAAAGUGAGGAUAAAGUGCCGGGAGCUGGUGAAGAAGAUUGCCAUCUACAGAAACCGACUUGCCAUCCAGCUGCCUGAGAAGAUCCUCAUCUAUGAGCUUUACUCAGACGACUCCUCAGACAUGCACUAUCGUGUCAAGGAGAAGAUUUGCAGGAAGUUUGAAUGCAACUUGUUGGUGGUCUGCUCUCAGCACAUCAUCCUGUGUCAGGAGAAGAGGCUUCAGUGCCUGUCCUUCACCAGUGUCAGAGAAAAAGAAUGGCUGAUGGAGUCUCUAAUCCGCUACAUCAAAGUCAUCGGUGGACCGCCAGGACGAGAGGGUCUCCUGGUGGGGUUAAAGAAUGGAGCUAUUCUGAAGAUAUUUGUUGACAACCCGUUUCCCAUUACGCUGUUGAAGCUGUCGACCUCUGUGCGCUGCCUGGACAUGAGUGCCUCCCGCAAAAAGCUAGCUGUGGUGGACGAGCAUAACACACUGUUGGUCUACGACAUCAACAGUAAAGAGCUGCUUUUUCAGGAACCUAAUGCUAACAGCGUGGCCUGGAACACCCAGUGUGAGCAUUUGCUGUGCUUCUCAGGCAACGGGUUCCUCAACAUCAAGGCCAGCAACUUUCCUGUGCACCAGCAAAAAAUGCAGGGCUUCAUGGUCGGCUACAACGGUUCUAAGAUCUUCUGUCUGCAUGUCUACUCAAUGACAGCUGUAGAGGUGCCCCAGUCAGCACCGAUGUACCAGUACCUGGAGAGGAAAAUGUACAAGGAGGCGUACCAGAUCGCCUGUCUGGGUGUGACAGACAGUGACUGGAGGGAUUUAGCAACCGAGGCACUGGAAGGACUUGACUUUGACACUGCCAAGAAGGCCUUCAUUAGAAUCAGAGACUUGCGCUACCUUGAGCUCAUCAAUAGCAUUGAGGACAGGAAGAAGCGGGGUGAGAACGACAAUGAGCUGUUCCUGGCAGAUGUGUACGCCUACCAGGGGAAAUUCCACGAGGCAGCCAAGCUCUACAAACGUACAGGCCACGAAUCCAAAGCCCUGAGCAUGUACACUGACCUGCGUAUGUUUGACUAUGCCAAGGAGUUUGUUGGAGCCACAGACCCAAAGAGCUCUCAGGUCCUGAUGAGCAAGCAGGCAGACUGGGCUAAGAGCAGCAAGGAGCCUCGGACCGCAGCAGAGAUGUAUUUGUCAGCAGGAGAACAUCUCAAAGCCAUAGACAUUAUUGGUGAACACGGCUGGGCAGACAUGCUGAUCGACAUUGCUCGUAAGCUCGACAAGGCUGAACGCGAACCACUGGCAAAGUGCGCGCUCUACUUCAAGAAGCUGAAGCACCACGGCUAUGCCUCCGAGACGUAUUCUAAGAUGGGAGACUUGCAGGCUCUGGUGCAGCUGCAUGUGGAAACAAGGCACUGGGAAGAGGCUUUCUCACUGGUAGAAAAACACCCCCAGUUCAGAAAUGAGGUCUUUGUCCCUUAUGCCCAGUGGCUUGCCGAGAACGACCGCUUUGAAGAAGCACAGAAAGCAUUUCACAAGGCAGGCCGGCAGAACGAAGCUGUGAAAGUCUCCGAGCAGCUUACCCACAAUGCAGUGGUGGAGAACAGGUUCAACGAUGCCGGCUAUUAUUACUGGGCGCUGUCCAUGCAGUGUUUGGACAUUGCCAGAGAAAGUGAAGAACAAAGGGGUGAAAUGCUGAAGAAGUUUGAGCGUUUCCAGCAUCUAGCUGAGCUUUAUCAUGUCUAUCACCCAAUUCAACGAUACACGGACGAGCCUUUCAGCUCCCACAUGCCAGAGACACUCUUCAACAUCUGCAGGUUCCUCUUAAACAACCUCACCAAGGACAAACCACCCGGCAUCUCCAAAGUUUACACCUUGUAUGCCUUGGCCAAGCAGAGCGUGAAGCUCGGGGCCUUUAAACUUGCCAGGUAUUCCUUCGAGAAGCUCCAGGAGCUUCACAUCCCCUCGCGCUUCCAGGACGCUACAGAACUGGGCUCCCUCAAAAUUCGUGCCAAACCUUUCCAUGACAACGAGGAACUCAUCGAGGGCAUGAUGUGCUACCGCUGCUCCACAACCAACCCUCUGCUGAACAACCAGGGGAGUGUGUGCAUCAACUGCAGGCAGCCUUUCAUCUACUCUGCCUCAUCAUACGAGGUUCUGCCCCUGGUGCAGUUUUACCUCGAGGAAGGCAUCAGAGACGAGGAGGCUGUGUCUCUGAUUGACCUGGAGGUUCCUCACAUGGAUCAGGAGCAGGACACUGACUCUCAGUGUUUGAGGAUGGCUGUUAGUUUGGAUGAUGCAGAAGAAGAUCCGUUUACAGCCAAAAUGAGCUUUGAGCAGGGGGGCUCCACCUUCGUCCCGGUCAAGGUGAGCCGCUCGGUCCUGCGCUCCAUGAGCAGGAGGGACGUCCUGAUCAAACGCUGGCCCAGUCCACUCAAAUGGGAAUACUUCCGCUCCCUGCUGCCCGACGUCAGCAUCACCAUGUGCCCCACCUGCUUCAAGAUGUUUCACAGCGAGGACUACGAGCUCCUGGUGCUUCAGCACAACUGCUGUCCUUACUGCCGCAGACCCAUCGACGAACCAAACUGUUAAAGCCAAAACUAGAAUGGCUGUUUUUUAACAACACAGGUUUUUGUACUUUUCUGUUUUGUUGUACAGUUUUCAUUAUCAAAUAUUGGUCCAAGGAUUGUAAGAAAGGAUCAGGAUCAGUGAUCUGUUAAAACAUAACUAUCAAUAGAAUUUAAAACCCUAUUUUAGAUUAAUAAAAUACAUCUUCUUGUUAUGAA